AUGAGGAGAGAUAAUCAGAGCAGUGUGUCUGAAUUUAUCCUCCUGGGGCUCCCCAUCCAGCCAGAGGAGCAAGUAAUGUACUAUGCCCUUUUCCUGGCCAUAUAUUUGACCUCAGUACUGGGGAACCUCACCAUUAUCCUGCUCAUCAGGCUGGACUCUCACCUCCACACCCCCAUGUACUUCUUCCUCAGCUACUUGGCUUUCACUGAUGUCUCUUUCUCAUCAGUCACAGCUCCAAAGAUUCUCAUGAAUAUGGUGACACAAUGUAAAUCCAUCUCCUUUGCUGGGUGUGUUUCCCAGCUGUCCAGCUCUGACACCACAGUAAAUGAGCUGAUUAUCCUCAUUACAGGAUCACCGGUCAUUAUACUUCCAUUUAUAUGCAGUCUGGUCUCUUAUGGCCACAUUGGGGUCACCAUCCUGAAAAUUCCUUCCAUUAAAGGAAUCUUCAAAGCCUUGUCCACAUGUGACUCUCACCUCUCUGUGGUUGGUCUGUACUAUGGAACAAUUAUCGGGCUCUAUUUUGUUCCUUAUUCCAAGACCACUAAUGACAAGGAUGUCAUUGUGGCUGCAUUGUACAAUAUGGUCACACCCAUGCUUAAUCACUUCAUCUACAGUCUGAGGAAUCAGGAUAUGAAGGUUGCUCGGGGAAAUACCUUCAGUAGAAAAACAGUUUCUGCAUGA